AUGGUGACAUGUGUUGCUCAACAAUCUUUAUCUCAAUUACUACCAGUUAUUUAUCCACCGCAACUUUACUUGACUACGUAUGAGUCAGAAAUGUCAUCGAUUUCAAGUCGUAAAAGGCUUUUAAAUGAACAACAUGAUCAUUGCACAUGCCCUGUGGACUAUGCCCACGAUUGUAAUGAAACGAAUAAAAGGACAAAGACAGAAUUGCUAAUUCAUGAAUCAAGCAGUAAAUAUCCAAAUCAUCGGAUAGCACGUUCUGCGCCUGGAUUUUUACGACGUAAAAGCCUUACUCAUGAAAAAUUUACCUAUAUAAAGAAUGUUUCGUCUGCAAAAGCGAGCAACCCUUUUUUAUCAACCUUAUCAACAACAACAACAGAAACGAUUGAAAAAAACAUGCUUAUGUGCCAACACACAACCUCACUUGUUAUACAUAAUGAAACGGGUAAAAGUAUCGAUUCAAGCUUUGUAACAUGCCCUCAAUUAGCUGCCUAUGUGACAGCUACUAUGAACAUUACCGAUCGAAAAGUAUUAGUUAUUGAUUGUGGUUCACCGUUGCGUCAUACCGAAAGACGAGUUCACGGUUCAAUUUUAUUAAAUGUUAAUGAUAGGAUAUCUCGAAAACGAUUAUCAACUCGUGGCUUGAAAAUUUUUUUGGAUAGUAAUCAAUUACAGCGCUUAGAUAGCAACGAUAUUAUUAUUUUAUAUGAUGAUCAUAUUCGUCCAUCGGCAUGUGCUAAUGAAACAAUUCAAUCACAACUUGCACCAUCAAUGAAGUGUGUAUAUGAUGAAAUAAAACGAUAUGAUACAAAUAAAAUACUCUGUAUUCUUGAAUCACCAUUUGAACAAUUUCUUCAACACUAUCCAUCACUAUGUUAUGUAAGCACAUCAACAGACGAAGAUCUUUCAAUGGAAACACCAUUGACAUCUAAACCAGCAGAUAUUGAAUCCUAUCCAAUAUCGGAAAUAAUAUCGGGACUUUAUCUUGGUAAUUCACGUGAUGCUGAAGACAAGAAUUUAUUACAACAAAAUCAAAUCAAACUUGUCAUUAAUAUAUCAACUUCAAUCCCAUGUUAUUUUGAAAACGAAAAUGCCUUCGAAUACAUUCGUGUACCUUGUCAUGAUUCAUCGAAUCAAAAUAUUCUUCAAUAUUUUGAAACAACAUUUGAAUAUAUUCAUCAAAAUUUAUCUGUGCAGAAAAACAUUCUUGUACACUGUCAAGGUGGUGUAAGCCGUAGUCCAUCAUUUAUUAUUGGCUAUUUAAUGAAAUAUCAUUCGAAGACAUUUGACGAAGCCCAUCAGCUUGUGAAAGAUAAGCGAUCUAUAAUUAAUCCGAACUUGAACUUUCUUGGUCAAUUGACGCAAUAUGAGAAAUUGUUAUCCAAUGCUUAG